AUCAAAUUCAAUGGUAUUAGGUAUAGCCAACUAUAGUUAAUAGUGAAGAGGUGUGAACAGAAACCAGACACAACAACAACAUACACUUUACCCCUUAUGCUCUUGUCGUAUGAUUUUCAUUUCAGUGCUUUAAACUCUAUCCAAUACAACACCUGUUCUUCUCUUUCCUUUCAUCUUCAUCCCUUUACCCACAGAAGCCAUGGAUAGGCUUCUAUCUUCCUCUUCUCUCAACACUUUUCUCCCUCCAACCACUCGUUUUAAUUCCACAAGAUUCAAUUUUUUACCCUCAAAUCGCUCUUCCUUCAAGUGGGUCGCUUCGAUUUCUCGUAACAAUGAAAACCCAUCUCCAUUUUUGUAUUCAACUUCCUUUUCCUUCGCCAAACCAAUGAUGCCACUUUCUCAAGUCACCAAUUCUAAUAACCCCAUAAUUGAAUCCCAAAAUCUCAAUCACAUCAAUGCCGGCGGCGAUUUCAAAAAACCAAAGGGAAUAUCAGUUCAGACAUUUGUAAUACUCUCUGCUCUUGUUGUGCUCUUAAUUCAACCAGUUUUUGCACCAGCAGCUUUUGCAACCUUUCAAAAUGCUGCCAAGACCGGUGGUCCUGCCACCACUGCAGUUGGGGGAAAACUUAUCCGCACCGAGCUCCUAAGUAGUGCUUGGACUGGUUUCUUUGCUGGUUGCUUGCACACACUAUCAGGGCCUGACCACCUUGCAGCUUUGGCUCCAUUGUCAAUUGGCCGUACUCGAACGGAGAGUGCUCUUGUUGGGGCCCUUUGGGGUUGUGGCCAUGAUGCUGGUCAGCUAAUCUUUGGCUUAAUAUUUUUGCUCUUAAAAGAUCGACUUCACAUUGAAAUCAUCCGAACUUGGGGAACCAGAGUGGUGGGCAUUACCUUGCUAGUAAUCGGUGCCAUGGGAAUUAAGGAAGCUUCAGAAGUUCCUGCCCCUUGUGUUGCCUUAGAAAAUGGUGAAAGCAAUGUUGGCGACUAUGAAUCACUUGAUAGUCCUGUAGUCGGAAAGAAGAAAAUUGGUUUUGCUACUUUUGCAACUGGAAUAGUUCAUGGACUGCAACCGGACGCAUUGAUGAUGGUGUUACCUGCCCUUGCUUUGCCUUCACGCUUAUCCGGUGCUGCAUUUCUCAUCAUGUUCUUAUUUGGAACUGUAGUUGCAAUGGGGAGCUAUACGGUAUUUAUAGGAUCAUGUAGUCAGGCACUAAAGGAUAGGAUUCCUAGAAUAACUGAGAAACUCACUUGGGCUUCUUCUCUUGUAGCCAUAGCCCUUGGGUUUGCCAUCAUCAUUAGCCAGUUUUUUGGGUUUAGUUUGUAUUGAUUUACACUUUAAUCAACCGGGGAACCGUUGUGACGAUCAUCUUAAUCUUAGUGUUAAGAAAAAGUAGUGAUGUUAGAGAGAAAUUUUAUUGUUUAGAGAAUGUUCAACAUGUGAUA